CGAGGGUUGUGAUGCAUUACCAUGGCGGGGAGACGACAAAGCAGAAUGUAUGAGAUUCGCCUGGCUACCACUCUGGAGUGCAGGAAUGGAAUUGGUUGCGACAGGAAGCCGAGAGCAAGUCAGGGGUAGACGCGAUGCGCCCGCACAGGGGUCGCCGUAGUGACGAGGAAAGAGUCGAACACCAGACGAGCGAGGCCCAGAAAUCAACAACGCAACUCCACCACCGCCUCUCCAUCCCCUCGCGAUAUCCCACACCCACGAGUACAAAGAAUUAUUUUCGGGCGCUGCGGCUGCACACAUAAUACGAGACACGCGCAUUUUGAUUCUUUCACCAUUUCCCGCCGGUUCCCAGACAUUUCGCUGCAGGAAGGAACGAAGCUACAAAGUUUGCGCCAGCUCCUCUAGGUGGAAGAUUAUCCAAAAGCCCUACUCCAAAAGACAGACCAACAAUCAGAGUAUUAGACGGAAUGGCGGACGUAGAAGAAGAUUUCAGUUCUUUGCCCUUGCCCGACAGAUUCCAGCACAAGAUAUGGAAAGUUAGGAAAGCAGCUUACGAAGAUGCUUCGAAGCAAUUCGAAAUCACCCCGGACGAGCACGAUCCAGCGUUUCGCCCAUUUCUACAAGAUCCCGGGCUGUGGAAGGGAGCCGUGGCAGACUCGAACGUCGCAGCACAGCAAGACGGUAUAGCAGCAUUAUGCGCGUUUCUGAAAUUUGGUGGGCGUGAAGGUUGCACAAGAACUAGAAGUCAUACAUUAUCGCCGUUGGUGGAGAAAGGCUUGUCAUCUACAAGAGCGGCAACAAAAGCAUCCGCACUGGAGGCAAUUUUACUGUACAUCGAAUUGGAUACACCCGGACCUGUUGUUGAGGAUCUGCUGCCAGCUCUUUCUCAUAAACAGCCAAAGAUUAUUGCGGCAACUUUAGCUGCGUUGACAGCUAUUUUCCAUAACUAUGGCUGCAAGACAGUUGAUCCCAAACCAGUUCUCAAGAUCCUACCAAAGGCAUUCGGCCACGCAGACAAAAAUGUUCGAGCAGAGGCAACCAACUUGGCUGUGGAAUUUUAUAGGUGGCUUAGAGAAGCCAUGAAGCCUAUGUUCUGGGGAGAAUUGAAGCCUACACAACAAACGGAUAUGGAGGCGUCCUUCGAGAAGAUCAAAUCGGAACCAGCACCAAAGCAGGAGCGAUUCCUGCGAUCACAGCAAGCUGCGAUGUCCCGGGCCCCUCCUCCAGGUGCAGCAGCAGAAGAGGAAGACGAUUUAGAAGAAGAGCCUGUGGAGAUUGAUGCAUUUGACCUGGCUGAGCCUCAAGACGUUCUAUCCAAAGUUGCCGCUGAUUUCUCAGAUCAGCUAGCUUCGACCAAAUGGAAGGAGCGAAAAGAUGCACUGGAAGCCCUGUUUACAGUAUUAAAUGUGCCUAGGAUUAAGGAUGGAGAUUUUGGAGAGGUAGUGCGAGGACUCGCCAAGUCUAUGAAAGAUGCAAAUAUCGCGGUCGUCACCCAAGCAGCACAAUGUACCGAAGUUCUGGCCAAAGGGUUGAGGAAACCAUUUGGAAAGUAUCGUUCCAUAAUCAUGGGUCCAAUCAUGGAGAGGAUGAAAGAGAAGAAAGCUACAGUUCAGGAUGCACUUGGGGCUGCAGUCGACCAGGUCUUCCUAGCAACUAGCUUGACAGACUGUCUUGAGGAAACUCUUGGAUUCUUGGCUCACAAGAACCCUCAGGUCAAGGAAGGAACCAUGAAAUUUCUUGUCAGAGCCCUGAGGACUACACGCGAGGCACCUUCAAAGCCUGAGGUAGCUUCGAUGGUAGAAUCUGCAAAGAAACUUCUCUCGGAAUCUCAAGAAGUUCUUCGAUCGGGUGGAGCUGAAAUACUUGGAACAAUAAUGAAGAUCAUGGGUGAGCGAGCCAUGGGACCACAUCUAGAGGGACUUGACGAUAUUCGGAAGGUCAAGAUCAAGGAAUUUUAUGAUACAGCCGAAGUCAAGGCAAAAGAUAAGCCGAAACCUCCACCACAGGCAGCUCCUAGAGCAGCUCCUGCAGCUGCUGCACCUCGAAAGAUUGUUGGUAAAAAGCCGGUGGCUAAGAAGCCUGCACCACCACCAAGCCAGUAUGCACAAGAAGCUCCUCUAGCGCCUCAGCCAACAGCAAGAAGUAUCCUGGGUUCGAAACUUGGGGGACCCCCGAAAUCUGGUCUCGCUACUCCUGGCGGAGGACUCAAGGCGCCUAUGAAAAGAACACUAGCUGGGCCUGGUGGAGCACCAGCUCCCAAUCUUGCAUCGCCUAGACGUCCGCUUUCUCAAGCACCUCCUCCCCUGGAAGAAGAUGCACCACCUCCACCCAGGAUCGGUCUGGGACGAGGUCUGGCUGGUCGUUCUCUGGCGGCCAAGGCACCGGCUCUCAAUGCUGCACUCCCGCCAACCUCUCCCCCACCGAAUGCUGGCAUGACUGCUGUUGAACGAGCCGAACUUGAAGAACUCCGACUUGACAAAGAUCGGCUACUGCGCCAGUGUGACGAUCUGCGUCAAGAGAAAUCAAGGCUAAAUUCCGAGGUUCAGGAACUGAAGAAUCAAAAUGCUCAGCUCAUAGAGGAUCACACACGAGAUGUGCUUUCCAUUAAAGCUAAAGAAACUCAGCUCGUCAGAGCUAGAUCAGAUUGUGAAGCCGCUGAGGCUAUGUGUGGACAACUGAGAAGAGAAAUGGAAAGACUUAAGCGAGCGCUUACUAGUGCGGAGCGAGUCAAUAGCCCACCCGCAAUCUCAAGUCCAACAGGGAGUUCCGAUGAAGCUGGAAUUUACCGUGAUACGGGUAUGUACGGUGGUCAAGACAAUGGUCGCCCUGCUUACAACUCCCGUACCCGCAUGUCGUUCAACUCUGCCUUGAGUGAGGAGAAGGAGAACACUGGCGAUGCCUUUGCUCCUCAAUAUGGUCGCAGCAAGCUGAGUCCUGAUCUAGGACGGAAUGGACGAACGAGUGCUGCAAGCGGAAGCGGUGGCCGAAACAGUCCUGCUCCUGCGUCGUAUCAGAGUACGCGCAUGAGCAGAGAUGCUAGUGCAGAUGGUGCCAGAGGCGAUGGUAAUGGCGUGGAGAGUUGGAAGAGAGCAGCGGAAGUGACCAGUGCCCUCAAAGCGAAGAUUGAGCAGAUGAAGGCAUUUCUUCCCUGUGACACCCCCUUGAACUCGACUAACUCCAAUAACAGGCAAGACAAGGUCUCUCAAGACCGUAAAAGAUACCCUGUAUAUUUGACGAUAAACGAACGGUUUCUGGGUACUUGCGAAUGAGCAUUCUUCGGCGAAAGGAGCAUGGCAUGGCAAGGCAUGGAAUUUGGUGUUCUGCUGCUUUGCUCUCGUGAUUGAGCCUGAAUUAUCUUGGGAUUUGUUGUCUUCUUUGAGGAACUCAAUCCACCUCGCGCUUCCAUUGCAUGUUAAUGGAAUUAGGGCAUGGGUUGAAGGGAAUGAACGGGCAGGAUCGGAUAACCACUUAAGUAUGAUUGAUGUGUGACGGUUUUACGUAGUGUUUUCCACUCUGCAUUGCGCAGUCAGGUGGGCGGUUUUGUCACUUGUGUUGUGUUGUGUAUAGAUGUGAGCCAUGCUCUACCUACUAACCUACAUAUCCUUCUAAUAAUACACAUUCUCCACACUCUUGACCUAUGUCACUGUACUUGUACUGUUCUAUUGCUCUCUGACUAUUGACCUCUUCCACCUCUUCCACCUCUUCGACUUCUGCUGUAAUGCUGCCCAACUCCUCACACUCCUUCUUUCCAUCUAGCACUCCAGGUCUGCCAGGCCGCCAGUCCGCCACAAGGCGUUCUGUCGUGCAACUCCCGGGUGGCUUCUCGUUUGUUCUGCUGGUAGUGUGCGGACCGGAUGGCUCUUCCGAUGUAUGCGCGCGGUACUGUACUGUAAGUUACAUACGACUCACGUACGUCCGUGCCUGCAUCGCAUCGCAUUGCAUCGCAUCGCACUGCAUGGCGUUGCAUUUGCAUCGCGAUGCAUGCGCGAUAGCGUCGUAUGGAGAGGGGGAAGAUGCAUGGGGUAGAUUUAGGUGGGUGGAGCUGCUGAUGGUGAUGGUGGUGGUGGUGGUUGGCAGUGCAGUCGGUAUGCAGCAUGAAUGAAGUCUCGGGUAGUGAAGCAUAUCCAGGAUGCAUUUUGACCUAUCAGAUGGAUAAGCACAUGUCCAUCGAGGUUAGUGUUUUGGUGGUGUGGUUAUUUACUAGUCCUUGGGCUUGGGCUUGGGCUUGGUUAGUUAAUAAUAUGUAUCACAUAUCUUAGAGAGAAUCUCGCCGUUGAGAAUUAUGAUGGCUUGGGGUAGAUUGGAUAGCACUGGGGUUUGUGAGGGGAGGAAGGAGAAGGCGAUGAAUGGGAUGGGAUGGGAUGGGAUGGGAAGCGAAGUGAUGAGGGACAGGACUUGAUCAAUACUAGAAUAUCUGAUUUUGUGUUCACGUCAUGACUUUUCUCAGUUCUAAGGUUUUGGUUAGUGGAAAUUGAAAUGGCGGAUGGAGGGAUCUUUAUGUUCCUGUUUCCUGAGAAAGAACUUGAGGGCCAAUACUGUUGGAGAGAGAUGGAGACGGAGAUAGAGGCAGCGCAGUUGUGUCUGGGUUUGGUUACGGUCCUGCCAAAAUAGGCAUAAGCUGCGAGCUCUGGCUAUUGGACGAAGGCCUCUUCUCGUUGUGUGAUAGUACUUAGUGGGUCAGUAUCUUUUGAACUUAUCUCCAGCUCCUUAAUGAGGAGAAAGGGCAAGUGUAUGGGAUAAAUGCUCGUUCGGAAUCGGAAUCCAGAUCUAGCUAAGUGUACAGGUUGGUUGCCCUUUUGACACCUACGCGAGCUUGAAUGAACCCACGAAGGACACCUCGAGCCUUGGUAUGGUCAAGGUAUCUGGUAGUUGAACCAAAUCUUCACUCUUGAUACGAUAUACGCUCGGUCCAAUACCAACCCCUGAAAAGAAUACACCAUGAAUACACCACAUACCAGGAUUCCACAUUUCACAAGUCGCCUUUUCUGACGUUGACGCUGGCUUGCGGCACGGUCUCUAUCUAUCUGUCAGUCUGUCUGUCAACACGGGACGGCUCGCGAUGAGGGGUGUGGUGGCUGCUGGGGGACUUAGUGCUGAUUGUGGGGAUGGGGUUUCGAAAUAUAGAUUGGGUGUGGUGGGAUUGCAGGUGGAGGAGGCUAGGUUUGACUGGAUGAGGAGUACGAUAGUGUUCACCGGUUGGGGGUUUGAAGGGUUGCUGGUUGUUUGGUAACAGGAUUAGAGAUAUGAUGGUUGAGAUUGUGGGAUAUAUCUUAUCUUGACAGGAAAACUAAUUUCGUCACACAGUUUACUCUUUUGGAUGGGGAUGCCAUUGUGGAGAAUAGAUAGAGCUUUUAAUAAAGAGGGGUUGCAAUAUGAGACAGUUCAGAUUCUGUACAGUAUGUUUUGUUUUGGUGGUGGACUUUUCCUGGAUUGGGUACUGUUCACGAAUGACUGAUCAUAUCUCAUCUCGGCUUGCUGUCUCGGAGUGGCUGCUGUACAUACUGACGUUGUGUAAUGUAUGCAUCAUUCAUGUUUGGUUUUCCCCCAGAUCCCAGCGGCUCGGGAAGGUUUCGGUAGCAUCGGAUGUAUGCCUUGCAGUGCUAGCUUGCUGCCAGCAGGAGAUGCCUCCGUAAACUAUGCUGUGUUACUGUGGCUUUUCAGGUUAGUCCAGCGAAGAGAACUCUUUUUUGAUUAACUUCAAGGUAUCGUAUCCGAUCCCAGGUAAUUCUUCCUAGGCUUGGUCCAGGAUUUGGAUCGAUUGGAACCGGAGAACAUCUUGAUCACCUGUUGCUAGUUCUGGAUUGAUG